ACUUGUUCACUCCCCAGUACGAGAGUAAACUUGUAGCAGUGAGGAUCGUUGCUAAAUUAAUCUCAUGUGUCGUGUAAUUGCUGAGAAAUUCCAGGUUGAAAACAACACUUUGUUGUAAUUAAUAAGACUUGUAUGGAGCGAUAAUCGUGGAACAAGGUCGUGAAAUUCGUGAAUUAUGAAUAUCACAAAACAUGGCAGUUGCUCGUUACCGGAAGUAUUGAUAACAAAUCAUUCCCAAAAUAAAGUUGAAGAGCCCAUAAUGACGACAGUACUUGAAGCUUGAAGCCCGGCUCGUAUAAUGACGCGCAAAAGCACUUGCUGCGGCACGAUCCUCAUAAUUCACUUGAUCGUGCUGGCUGUACCGUGUCACUCGCAGCAGUCACCCUGUCCGGACAUAUUUUCCUACCGGGUAGAUCGAGCCACCGGCCAAGUUUUUGGCUUCGUCGAGAUCCGCAACAUCCUAGUGGGACAGACAGCUAAGCUAAACGUGAAUUUGUUUAUUGCUGCUCAGCUACCGCCGAAUAAUGUCGGAUCUAUAAAUCUCAUCAAAUCCGAAGGUUCUACCUUCAACGACAUCGUUCGUGGUCAACCGGCACAGUAUCGUGUCAACUUUCCUCUCCAGAACAUUCUUCCGACGGUGGUGAGCGUCACCCUGAACGGACAAACCAUAUGCAGUGGUCAUCCGCCAAACUGGAACGGACCAAGUACUACAAUCUUCUUGGAUCACACGCUCUGCACUUUGCUGGGAUCGCCGAACGAUCUUCAGUCUCGGUGUCACGCCCAAAGCAAUCAAGUGUAUCAAACCGUUCCAACUGGUCUUGGAAAUCGCUACCCGGUUGAUAAUACACCGGUGCAUCAAAUAGAGCACGAGGUACGAUUCCAGUCUGAUGUCGAACCACAGCACGUGUAUCGACCUCCAGAUAAUACUCCAAACUAUCAACCUCAUCCGGUAGAACCUAUACAACCACAGCCAAGACCAUCGUGGUCAUUCCAUCAGCAGACUGCACCUCCACCACGGGUCAUACACCCACGUCCACAAAGUAUUUAUACAGAACCUGCUACAACAACGGCUACACCACCUCCACCGUCACCAUUACCUCCUGUAGUUCCUUCUACCAGAUACCCAUGCGGUCGAGUAUCGAGCGCCUUCCUGAACCGCCUCGCCAUCAAGGGCGAACUGGUCAGCAAGGGUCAGUUCCCGUGGAUCGUACCGCUGUUCGACCGAAGUCACCCCCAGAACCCUAUGUACAUCUGCGGCAGUACGAUCAUCACCAACCGGUACCUCCUCACCGCAGCUCACUGCGUGUUCGACCUGGACGAAGUUUUUCGACCACAGCGAGUGCUGGCCGUGCCCGGGAUGUACAACGUGGACAAUUUUUUCGACGAAAACGCCCUAAUCAUGGACGUUGACCAGAUCGUGCCCCACGACGACUACAUCCCGGACGAUGACACAAACGACGCGGACGUGGCCGCGCUGCGAAUGAAGAACGCCCUCGAGUUCACCGACUACAUCAUCCCGAUUUGCACCUGGCAGGGCGAGAACGACGUGUCGAGGAUCGUCGGACAGGAGGGCUUCGUGGCCGGGUGGGGACACACGGAAACGGGUUCCACCGCAGUUCCGAUGUUCGUGCGGACCACGGUCGUCGACCGGAAGCAGUGCAACGCGCAGCUGCAGCGGAACUAUCAGUCGCAUGCGCGGGUGUUCUGCGGCGAUGGUCAUGGAACGGUACCGUGCAAUGGGGAUUCUGGCAGCGGAAUGAUCAUCCGGAGGGGUAACCAGUACUUUCUGCGGGGGGUGGUGUCGAAGGGCUUGGUGGAUCCCAACACUUACAAAUGCGACGCGACGAGAUAUUCCGUGUACGUGGACGUGGCCCUGUUUCGGUUUUGGCUGCGGAAGGUUACGCAGAAUUAGGACCCGGGAAAAAGUUGUUUAAAAUUUAAAGGUCUUUUUUAUAUUGCAGUAUUAAUAUUUCUAUAACUUUUCAAUUAGUUAUUAUUUAAGAAAAGUUAAUUUGUAACUUCAUUAAACUCAGGUAAUUAAUAUUUCACUCAAAUUAUUUAUUUUACAUUACGCAUUAACAAUGAGGUUUCAAAAAUAAAACACAAAAAAAAUCAAACUA